ACACAAAUAAAAUAAUUUAUUCAUCAUUUCAAGUUGCAUCGUUGUAUUUGUAUAUUGUUGAUACUAGAGUAUACAUUUGAAUACACAUUUGCAAGUACACAAGGUGUAUUCUAUGAGUUACAAAUGAAGAAUUAUACGCAGGAUCCGUUGAGACUAUGUAAUCUCCAUAUAUCUUGGUUUAAAAGAAUCUGAUCUCCAUGGAUGAAUCGCAUAUUACAGCAUGAGUGCAAACACAAAACAAACCUCCAUCAUAUGGAUAAUCGUGUGCAGGAAUUUGAAGCCUGAACAGUUGCUCCCUUCGUGCUCAAUGGUAACAGGAGAUGUUGGACACAAGGCAUCUACUUUCAAUCCCUCCUUCCUCUCUAAAAUCGAUGCAGCCAGCAGGUGAUCUGAGAUCCUCCGGGCACCGCCUGCUGAAAACGAUCUCUGCUGACCACUGGGCUCUGCCAGAGCGCUCACACAGACGGAUAUAGCAUCAGAGUCCAGAAAACAAGCCCGACCGUUGAGCUUCUUAGCGUUUUAACUGCUGCAGGAGAGCAACUCAAAAAUGGAGAUUCCACUUGAAGAAGAGUCUUCUCCAAGCUUAGAAUACAAAGGCGCUCACCAGGCCUUCAGGGACCGCUGGAAAGAGACGGACGACACCAUGUGUCGCCACAGCAUGUCCUUCCAUCUGCACCACACGCUCAGGAGCGAGUUCUUCGCCAGCUACCUGUACCUGGUGGAGAAGAUUCCUCUGGUGAAGCUGUUUCCUGUCACCUGUGAAUACAUCAAAGGAGAAAAGCAGUUCUACUACAGAGCUCAGAAGUUCUACGAAGAUGUGCCGGCCUCGGAGGAGGGCAUGAUGGGAGAUUUUGUGGAGAUAUCCAACGUUGAUCUGGAAGGUUCCCGUCAGUUUCUGAAGAGGUUUGUGGGUCCCGGUAAAGCGGGGACACAUUGUGCUUUGGACUGCGGAUCUGGUAUUGGGCGUGUGAGCAAAGGAGUCCUCCUUCCUGUGUUUGAGAAAAUGGAGUUGGUGGACAUGAUGGAGCACUUCCUGCUCCACGCACAUGAGGAAUACCUUGGUGACGGUGCAGACCGCGUAGAGACCUACUACUGCUUCGCCCUGCAGGAGUUCACGCCCCCUAAGAACAAGUACGAUGUCAUCUGGUUGCAGUGGGUGGCAUGUCAUCUAACAGAUAAAGACCUCAUGAACUUCCUUAUUCGCUGCAAGAAGAGCCUUCGCCCCAAUGGUGUUAUCAUCAUAAAGGACAAUAUGGCGCGGCAGGGCUGUAAGCUGGAUUCCAUUGACAGCAGCAUUAGCCGCCAUCUGGACAUCAUGAGGGUCAUCAUUGCCAAGGCAGGCCUGGAGAUCCUGGCUGUGGAGAGGCAGGACGGCUUCCCCGAUGUCAUCAUGCCUGUGUGGAUGGUCGCCAUGAAGUAAAAACACUGUUUGUCUCAUGAGUACUUUAGGUUGUCAUUUAGUUGGGCCACUUUCACGCUUAGAUAGACCUGCAGACUUGGUCCAAAUGGACGGAGAAUGCUCGUAAUUUUCACCCCUUCGUAUGGUUUGGCCGGCUUUCGCUCACGGAGCUCUCUGAAACAAACCAAAGACCAAAGCGGACCAAACUGCCAGGAAUUAUUUCUCAGUUCCAAAUGUCGCUCCACCGAGGGAAAUAUUACCCAACCAAAAUGAGAUCCUCACUCUGAAAUGAAGCGUGGUUCAGAAUUCAGGUGACCCUGGACUGGAUCCAACCUGCCAGUCGAUGCAUCCUCAAAUGAAUAUUGCAAAGCUAAAGGUAAAUUCAUGUAAUAUUCAUAAUGCAAGUCAAACCGGGUAGAACACGAACUUAAAUAGGUGAUAAUCAAACAAAGCUUUUGGGUGGGGAUUGACACAAGACAACUGUGGACCGUUUUAAGGAUUAAAUUCCCGAAAUGUCCCUGUAGUUUUACUGAUAGUUUUUCUUAGAAUUAUUAUUAUUUACACAGAUGUUAGAAACACAGGAAAUUUUAACUUAAUGUAGUCGAAAAAAUAUUGCCCAAAAAUAUGAAGCAUUUGAGUAGAGUUCUGCGACAGACUGCUGACCUGUCCAGGGUGAACCCCGCCUUCGCCCCUCAGUAGCCGGGUUAGGCUCCAGCACCCCUGCGACCCCGAAUGGGACAAAGCGGUCAGUAAAAUGGAUGGAUUUGAGUAGAGUUGAUCCUUUAGCACCAGAACGGUUGAUGAUGACGGUAAAUGACACGUUCUUUGAAUUACUAAACCUCAUCAACCAGUUACGCAAUUUAUGUAAUUACUAAGAAUUCUGAAGCUGCUUUUCACAACUUUUGAAUUACACAGUUUGCGUUAACUAUUUUAAAAAGCUACAGUAGUUCAAAGUUCGUCUGUAGCUCUAACGACAGAUGUGGCCGGCAAAUGACAUAGAAUUAUCAUUUUUCUUUUGAUCAGACACAGUUUGAAUCAGUAUCAGUGUUUUUAAUGAUUUUUAUUUAUCUCUAUUAUCAAGGAUUUUUUUACUGAGGAAUUUUUGCAAAGGUUAAAGUAUAUCUUCAAUUCCUUUACACUUUUGACGCUAUUUUAAAUCUCAGAGGUAAUCUAAUUACAGUUUUGACGUUUCUUUAGGACUUGAUUUGAAAAAAAAGAUGAAAGUAACUAAUUGGCAAACAUUUAUUAAUUUGUUAUUUCUUUUGCAACAGUUCUGUUCUUUAUUGCCACUGUUUAUGCCUAGAAAAAUCAAAAUGUCACCAAAAGGACAUUAUGAAUCAAUUAAAAAAAAAAAUUUAAAUAAACUAUCCAGCCGGCAGUCUCUAGUUAAAUAAUUGUUAAGGAAUUUUGAAAGCCUAGAUUUUAAGAGAAUUUUACAUCUUUGUGGCCUAUUUACCAUGCACAACGAGAAAAUGCCUCCAGAAAAGACACAAUUAAACACACUUCUUGUUAAAGGCUAAUAUAUCAGUGUUGCAAACUCAGUAAGAAUUUGAAAAUUGACAUUAAUAUAGAUAUAGGGUAAUUGAUGUAAUUAUAAAUCGAAAGAAAGUAUUUUUGCUUGAGACCUUUCUUCUUUUGAUCAUUUGAAUUAAAUUCACUUUCCAACCAUUUGACUGUGAAUUUUGCAAUGAUUCAUCCAAACUGGUCUGAGUCAACUCUUGCAUGGAAACCAUGAAACUAUCUCGUAAACAGUCAAUGGUCGUUUUUUUUUUUUUUCGAUUUUCUUAAAUUCUAUAUUUGUAGCCAUAGAACUUAAGCAUGUUUGGUGUGAAAUUUAAGAGGGAAGCAUCAGCAAGUAUGUGGAAAUGUGCAUUUGUCCAAAAGAUCAUUUGAAGAAUGACAACAUCUUCAUGCCACUGCUCUGCUUUCAUUUGUCAGUACAGCCAGACUUUUUUUGUGUUUUUUUAUUUUAGAAAUCAUAAAGUGCAUUGUUAUAGUCACUUGUAAAUAUGUUGUUUGUAUUUAAUAAAGUAUUUUAUUUGCUCAUA